AUGCACUUUUCGAUCGAAGAGCUGAAAUCACUAUAUUACGAACUCAUCACUACCAUUGUUCCCGGUCCAGCCAGCUGGACUUAUUUCGUGCCACUUCUUCUCUUGCCACUCGGGCUUUUGGUACCUCCAUCGACGCUGAGCCAUGGCCAGCUAUGCGCACUUGUUUUACCCAUCAGCGUCGUGGCUACGAUACAUGCAUGGCUCGCUCUCGGCGGGAACGACGUUAUCUCAACAGACUCCUUAUACAUGACAUGGUUCCUGUACGCUUUUAAAGAUCCGCGGCGGGACUUCAGACGUGUCAUCCGAUUAGGAUCUGACGAAACCCAACAAGUGCACGGUGUUUCGGAAGAAAGCAAAGGAAGCGAAGAGGUGGUCGAGUGUAAAUCGUUUCUCCUUGAGCCUUACCCGGAGUCCUUCACCAGCCGGCUCACUUGGGCGAUGCAGCUGCCACAAAGCCGGCCUCUACACGACUGGAUAAUAGGUAACGCUGGACAUGAUCGAAGGUGUCUUCUUCCGUUUCAGCAUCCCACUCGACUCAAGUUCAUCAUCGAUAUCCUCUCGCGCCUUUCGCCUGUUCUGUCCAUCUUCUUGCCAUUAUCGAAGCAGCUCGCUGAGGAUGACCACUACUUCAGCGAUCCGACGUUUUCCAUCCUUGGUCCAUAUCCACAUGAGUCUAACUCCGGCAGUCAAAGGAGAUCAGUGGCCAUGCUUCGGACUGUAUUGCCAGCAGUCGUCCUCAGACCCCUUGCAAUGGCAAUGUAUGCGUACUCACUGCUCCUCGGCCUGUUUCUACCGCCGAUGCUUCUUCCUGUGCUUCUCAAUGGCGUGGGUAUCAUUCCAGACAAGUGGUCUCCACACACAAGGCGACCACAUUUCGGUCCCUUCUCUGCCAUCGUUAACUACGGGGUUCGAGGGUUCUGGGGUCAGUGGUGGCAUCAGCAGAUGCGCCAUAUUGUAUCUGAGCCGGGGCGGUGGCUUGUUACAAAGCUCAGAUUGGAAGACAAGGGUUGGCAGAAAACCCUCAAAUACAUGUUGAUAUGUGUAUCUGCGUUUACACUUAGUGGGAUCACGCACUCGGGUAUGGUACCGUCAAAGCCCAGAUUUGCAAGCGUCGAUGCAAAUGAACUGCGUUUGAGGUUGGCGAGCUUCUUUUGGAUACAGCCGGUUGGCAUCGCAAUCGAGCUGUUGCUGUUGGAGCCUGCUCUGCGCAGUCUUCCCAGUUGGUUGCGAUGGUUGCAGGCAAUGUUCAGAGUCAUAUGGACAGUGGUCUUUAUGUGCUUCACCUGCACCAUUCUAGUGGUGCCGUUUGGACAGUUGGGAUACUGGAAUAUCAUCCCCUCAAGCCUUACGCCUUACUUAUUGUAA